UGAGCGAGAGACAGAGAGAAAGAGAGAGAGAGAGAAAGAAAAACUGCCGCUGCGUUUGCAGGAAAAACAGAGCCAAGUUGACGCAUGUGAGCGCGUGAGUGUGUGAGUGAAGCAGCCGAAUAAAAGAAAAAUCACCACAAGUUCAACGAGACUUUUAUUGAUUCACACAAAGGAAAAUAAGAGAAAAGAGAAGAAGAAGAAGAAGAAACUGCGAUCUUUUCCUGACGGUGGCGGUUUAUCUAUCCGCCCUUGUUCAACCUCACCGAGAAAAACGCAGUCUUUUGCGGAACAGUCACGUGCGGACGGUUAACCACAUGUUUCCUGAGAAAACUACGCUUUGAUCUGUUACUUUUUCAUUUAUUUUUAUAUAUUUUUUAAAUUGUUAUUGUUGGAAUUGUUUCCCUGGUGACCGGUGAGUGAUGUCGGAGGCGGAUGUGUCGCUCCCCGCAGACCGUGUCCCGGCUCGACCUCCGCUGCUGGGCCACGCAGCAGCAGCAGCAGCAGCAGCUGUGGAGGACGCGCCGCUUAAAGAAAACCAGGAGAACCGGACUCUGCUCAUGGUGGCUAUGAUUUUACUGGACUUGAACAAAUGCAGCCCCGGUGCCGGGAGAUGUGACACCGGCGGGCCGCUGGAGAAGAAGACGGAGCAGCAGCAACCGCAGCGCCGGCUCAACGGGUCGGUUUCUACCAAACAGUCCCGGAACAAGGCAGCAGCAGCAGCGGCGGCGGCGACGGUGGCCGCGGUGAGGAGGCAGGAGUCCCCGGAGAAGAGACACUCCUGCCCGUUCAGCGGCUGCGGGAAGAUGUACGGCAAAUCCUCGCACCUGAAAGCUCACCUCCGGGUCCACACCGGUGAGCGUCCCUUCGAGUGCACCUGGCAAGACUGCGGCAAGAAGUUCUCGCGCUCCGACGAGCUGACGCGUCACUACCGCACACACACGGGCGAGAAGCGCUUCAACUGUCCGAUGUGCGACAAGUGCUUCAUGCGGAGCGACCACCUGACCAAACACGCCCGGCGACACGCCGGCUUCCAUCCCAGCAUGCUUCAGGGCGCCAGUGCAGCCAAGAGACGCCGCUGCUCCGUGUCCAUGUCCUCUGACUCUGGGGACCAAAGUCCUGCAGGAGUGUGAGACACACACACACACACACACUGUACAUACAUUAGGUACAUGUAGAAGAUACAGAGACAAACACGGACACGCCCACAUGUGUGGCGUGCGUUUGCGUGUGUAAUCCCUUCAUCCGGCCAGACCACUAUUCUUAGUCAAGUCAAGUCUUUCUGUGACGCGUGUGAUGACUGUGAUGAGAUUAUGAACCUAACUUGAGCUUCCUCAAUCCAUGUUUCAUUCAUUCUUUACAUAUUCAACUGACAAUAUACUGGAUUUUUUCUGGUAAUCUGUCAGAAAACGACAGAGAUGUUCUACAGUCAAGAGCCAAGAGUGUUUGGUGACAGAUUAUAGGUUUGGUGGAAGCCAUUUUGAACUCCUCAGGGUUAACUACUGAAACAACUGCUAAAAAAACAAUGUUUUUUAAUCAAUAUCUGAAACUUUAAUCCCUAAUGUUACCAAGUUACUCCUUAGCAGCAAUUGAAGUCGUAAGUAAAAGGAGCUGGCUUAUAUUUUAGUGGAAGUUGUAAGUGAUGCUCGUUCAUAGUCAGGUAAGAAUCUAAAAUCGGGAAAAUGCUACAGUUUUAAUCUCAUUCAAAAAAAAAAAAUAGGGGUUGGAACCACGAUAUUGCAAAAAUACUGAGUAUUUGCAAAAUCAUAUAUCGCGAUAUACUCACACAACAGGUCUGGCAUUUGGCGCCAUCUAGUGGACUGAAUCAAUUGAUUUCUUUUUUCUUUUAAUGCCAAUCCACAAAAAGUUUCAUGUUUAUUUGUAUUGUCAGUGAAAAAAAUUGCUAAAAAAAAACCCAAUACCUUGUGUCUCAAAAGCGGUAUAAUAUCGCUAUGCAAAAACCACGAUAUUUCACUCUAUUUUUCCUCCACGGCUACUAAAAGACUGGUUGUUUUUCGUACGUUUUGACUGUGCUCAAAACAAAAGUCGCAAAUGAAAAAAAAAAACAAAGCUCAUGUGGAUUUAAUUUCUUCCACUUUCACGUGAACCUGAAGUUGCCGACUAUCUUGGUUCGGAUUAGCUAAUCUCACAAGUGGUUAAAAUGUAUCACGAGUUUCGCCUCAUUCAAGGGGAAACAAGAGCGAACUCUGAAGUAAGACAAGGAUUUCAUUGUCAUACAUCUCUUCAGCUCAAUCGCUGUACCUUUCACGUUAGCCAAACAACACACGAAGAAGAAUGAACAACUUCCUGUCCACGCGCCAAAAAAAGCUUGAAUCUGUUUUUUCAAUUUCAACAUUUGAUUUAAGCACAAAAUCAAAAGUAGGUAAAACAACAAAGAAAAUUCAGAUGAGAUUUUAUUUUCUCAAUUGUAUAUCAAAAGAAAGAACGACACAUGGAUUUUAUUUUCCUUGAAGUGACUGGUAUUUAUUAAGGAUUUUCAGGGUGAAUCGCACAAGUGUCGUCUUUCUGUCAUUUGUAAUUAUUUGAUGUCUUAUUUGUGUGCCUGUUUUUUUUUUUAUCUGGAAGAUUCCACACUCUGAGUGGUAUUUAUGUACGUAUCAUAAACAUUACAUGUUUUUUCACUUCAUUACUGAGUGAAGACGACAAUAAAACAAAGUCCGCAAAAUUCUCUGGAGGAGAAAAUCCCAAAGUGUCACAAGUACGUUCAGAUUACCAGCUUCUUACCCGCUUAAAAUCUGAUUAAUUUCAGAUUAGCAUUUAAAACUACAUAUGUCUUUGGCUUUGACUGCCUCACUUGUGUUUCUCAGUUAAAUUUAAAAACACAUUUAUUUUGUAUUUAAGGGGGAAUUUAAAGCCGUCAAACAACCUGGUAAUCUGAACGUAGCCAAAGAUUUGGGAAUAGUCCUUUAGUAAAUGUUGCACCUACUUUAAACACAUGUACAGUUUAUUAUUCAGUCCAGAACAAGGCAUAUGAACAGAAUAGCAGUAUUAUCAUGUAUAUAGAUGAAAACAGUAUAUAUAUAUAUACUGUGUUAGAGAGAAAUAAUACAAAGUUAUAAUAUAGAGAAUUAAAGAAAUAGACGUUGGUUUUAUGGACAUAGUUAAAGAGGUAAAACUGUGAGCUUGUAGGUUUAGAGUGUUGAAAAAUGUAACUAUAAUACUUUAUAUAAUUUUUUUUAGUCCUUAAAAAAAACCAUAACUCAUAUUUACGGAAGCAGUAAAUUGCCACGCCAGGAAAAUAAACAAAUAAAUGACAUAAUUUGUCCUGUUAGAAUAAGUCACUUUAAAUAAUCUCGUUAUAAUAUCUCAUUAUAAUGAGAUAAAUUAUCACAUUAUGACAGUUUAUGUUGAGAAAAUGUGAAAAGUGUCACCUUAUAACAAGAUAUUUUAUCACAUGAUAUAUAUAUACAGUAUAUAUAUAUUUAUACAUACAGUAUAUAUUGUAUGUACCACAUUAUAAUAUAUAACAACAUAACAAGAGACCAUGAAUGACUUAAUUGUAACGUGAAAUACUUGAACUUAAAACACCUAAGUUAUCACGUUACAUGAAACUUUAUCAUGUUUUUUAACAUGAAACAUUCCACAUAAAUUACUAGAAAAUGUGUUGCAUUAUAACAGGAAAAUACUAAAUAAUUUAAAUUGUUAUAACAUGAAACACUUGACGUUAAACAGGUAACUAUAACGUGAAACUGACCAUUUUCUUAUUUUCCUGGCAUCGCCAUUUUCGUCGUUUACUUCUACAUCGAUCAAACCUCACGAGCAAAUUAAAUCUAGAUUGUUAUAUUUAAAGUUGCUUUUUGUUGUUGAGGCCGUGAAAUAAAAACAGGGUAACUUUAACACUAAAAACAACAAAAAAGACUGUCUGUGCCUUUAAAUAAGGAUUUCUUUUGUAGCAGAGAUGAAUUUCUACAUUUUCAAACCUUUAAGGAAAAAAAAAACUACACGUAUGAACAGAUUAUUGUCAGACUAUUUAUGUUGAUAUCAGCGAGUGUCUUUUAUAUAUAAAUAUAAAUAUAUAUAUAUAAAAACAACCAUCAGUGCCAGUUGCUGUACAUUAAAACUUACUUGUGUUUACUCUGUUUUUUCUGGACUGCAUGUUUUCAGGGAAGAAUGUGAGGAUUUUGAUUCUGGUGGUGACAUAAGAGCACAACAUUUUUCAUAACAAAUGUCAUUUUAAGUUUUUCAUUGUCAUUUAAAGACAAAGUGUCCUGAUUAGUGAGUGAAUGGAUGAAUUCCCUCAUGUAGCAUGUUUGGUACAGUGUAUUGUUUGUGUAUAAUCUUUUAUAAGGUCUUAUUCGUCCACAACAGGAGCCAGAAUCAUUUAUUUUGUUGUUUUCUUUUUAUUUUAUACGUAUAAUUGUUAUUGAAUGCAUUUAAACAUCCAGACAGACAACACAUUGUAAAGUUUUAUUUGUUUUUUUUCAGGCAUUAAAACAACUGUGAUAAGAUGUUUGUGCCUUUCAGGUUGAAGCUUUUACUUCUUAUGCUACUGUACUGUAAUCAGGGACUGUCAGUGCACAUCCCAUGUUAUUGCAAUAUACAUUAUACUGUAUCUAUGUAAUAAUCACUGCUCUAAAGUUUUAACAUUAAAAUUAUAAUGUUUUUCUUUCUA